CAACACGCAGCUCCUAGCAGGCUGAGUUAAAGCUGUGCAACUCAGCAAAUACUGAUAACAAAACCUUCCAGACAGACUCGAGCGUGUUUCGGUGGGAACUGUGGAUAAAAGUGUUUAUUUAAAACGGACAUUUUGAAGUCGGAGUAUAUAAUUUGGUCUGAACGAAGGCUGCAGUCAGGGAGUCAGCAGCUCUGGCAUGUGUCACAAACUGCGGACUGACUGAAUCCAGUAAAAACCACCUGCGGUUUGUUUUAACCCUGAGGACUUCAGCUUCGAGACUCUGUUGUGACUUUCAGGAUGAAUGAAGAAGAGCUGGUGGAGUACUUCAGGGCUCAGAUGAUGAAAAACCCGGACAUGGCCUCUGCUGUGGCUGCGAUCCGCACUCUGCUCGAAUUCCUCAAGAGAGACAAAGGAGAAACGCUCCUGGGCCUGAGGGAGAGCCUGACCUGGGCCACAGACCGCCUCACAGGGGUGGAUUCCUCUGUGGCCGUGUCCUCGGGAGGAGAGCUCUUCCUGCGCUUCAUCAGCCUCACAUCUCUGGAGCACCAGGAUUUGUCUCGCUGUAAGAAGGUGAUGGAAGAGAGAGGAGAACUGUUUCUGAAGAAGAUCUCGAUGUCCAGGGCCAAGGUUGCCAAGCUGUGUCACACCUUCAUCAAAGACGGCGCUAAAAUCCUGACUCACUCGUACUCCAGAGUCGUCCUCCGGGUGCUGGAGAAAGCUGCCGGCGAGAAGAAACGCUUCUCUGUCUAUGUGACUGAAUCGCAGCCGGACUCAGCCGGGCGACAGAUGGCAGAAGCUCUGAGAACGCUCAAUGUUCCAGUAACGGUAGUCCUGGAUGCAGCUGUGGGGUACGUCUUGGAGAAAGUCGACCUCGUUAUUGUCGGCGCAGAGGGAGUCGUUGAGAGUGGAGGGAUCAUCAACAAGAUCGGCACUUAUCAGAUGGCCGUGUGCUCCAAAGCUCACAAUAAGCCGUUCUACGUGGUGGCAGAGAGCUUCAAAUUUGUCCGCCUGUAUCCGCUCAACCAACAGGACGUGCCUGAUAAAUUUAAGUACAAAGCAGAUACCCUGAAGACCGUACAGAACCUGUCAGACGAGCAUCCGAUGAUCGAUUACACGCCUCCCUCCCUCAUCACCCUCCUCUUCACGGACCUGGGAGUCCUCACCCCGUCUGCUGUCAGCGACGAACUCAUCAAGCUUUAUUUAUAACUGUGCCUGACGAUUGUCAAUAAAAGCCGUCAUAUCAAAA